GUUCCUGCUGAAGCGAAUGGAGAUUGGACGCCAGGAAAACUGCAUAUCUCAGCGCCAAGUAUGUAUGCUACGGUCUUGGAAAAACUAGACUUGCAUCCUGGUCACGCGUUCCUUAACAUUGGGUCUGGGACAGGAUGGCUCAGCACCGCCGCGGGGUUCCUGAUCGGUGGGUUUUGUGGCGGAUCGGGCGUUAAUCAUGGAGUGGAGAUACACGAGAAUUUGAUCAAAUUCGCUGAGGACCGACUCGCGGAAACCAUAUUACUUCCUGAAGUCAGCGCCUUCAAUUGGGCCAAGCCAGCAUUUUUUCAUGGUAAUGGCCUUGCCCAAGAACUUUCGCAUUCAAAACACUUCUAUGACCGUGUGUACUGCGGCGCGGCUGUUACAGAAUUACAGACGAUAGCCCAUCUCAUUAAACUUUUGGAAAUUGGCGGGAAACUUAUUGUUCCGUUUAGAAAUAGCCUGACUGCAUACACACGUACAGCAGAAACUGCUUAUUCCUCUGAAGUUCUAAUGGCUUGUCAAUUUGCCGACUUGCUCCCUCCGAAACCCGAUGAUCGGACCGAUUGCCUUCCCUGCGUUAUACGGCCUCCGUCGUUGGCUGACCACUGCCGAAAUGUAAUUCGCGAAAGUCUUCGGAAAAAAGUUAUGGAGAGCUAUCCUGUUUUCAUGCGAAGCAUAGUUGAUACGGAGGGAGCCUUUGGGUACGCUUACAUCCUUUUAUCACUCCUUGUACUAGUUAGUCCUCUGUCAGCAACUUGA